CUGAUCAAAAGUUCUCACCAUCAACAGGGAAGUAUGUUCCAUAGCAAGAGAAGGGGAGGCACUGAUCGCACUGGAGGUGUCAUUGUUUUGCAGCUUCUGUUUUUUGUGUGCCACGCGCACGCUUUCCUUCCUGCAGCUUUGUCGCACGGCUGGCCAUCACAUCUCCCACACGCCAGGCUUGCUCCCUCGCUUUCGGCGUCAUUACAAUGGUCGAGACCGACAAGCCAGUCAACCACCGAAGAGAGCAUAGCCUCAUGUGACGUGAAUGGGAACGUCGAUGUGCCCAGCACCAGCAACGACGGCGUAAUUAAGGCACAUGGUCGUCACUUAACCCUGGAUUAUACGUCCUUUUUCGUGGACGCGCAAGACGGAGCGACAAUGACCCUGGCUCUUGUGCGCGCCGCAGUACGGGAAGCAGGGGUACGGGAGGUGCAUUCCCAUGUCGUUGUCCUCGGUGACGAUGGUCUGAGCCCUCCAGGCUUCACUGGCAUAUGCUUGAUCGACGAAAGCCACGUAUCUGCGCAUUGCUAUUCCGAAAAGGGUUGGUUGGCCUUGGACGUCUUUACGUGCGGCCCGACCGACCCUGCGGAGAUAGCUGAUAAAUUGCAUCAAAGAUUAACCGACGCCGUGCCUGGCCUGCACUUGGUCAGAAGAAUGGCCCAUGACCGUUUCUUGCAUUUGGACAUGGCACAAGGAGGGAGUGAAGACAGGGAACAAACUAGGGUAAAUGUAGACAGGAAAUUAGACGGGUUUGACGAAGCCCUUUUUGGCGCGAAUGACGGGCUAGGCAGGCGGAGAGACAAGCGAAGGGGGGUGGAAGAAAAGAAGGAAAGGGGGGUUGCGGCAGGGAAAGAGAUGGAGAAAGAGCUGGUGGCAGAGGGGAGAGAGCGCAGCGAGGGAGGACGAGCAAACGUGAAGAAAUUCACCACCUGCGAUAGAUCUUGCGUUUGA